AGGCGCUGCUGCUCGUAAUGAAGGAGUAUCAGAACUACUAGACCCAGCGAGCUGAGCGCGGAGCCUGUACGGCGUUUUAGGAGUACCUCGCCAACAAUCUGGACCGAGAAGCCGCAUCCAGGAACAGGUGAGAGCGAGCUCGCGGGCGGGGACUGGAGCUGUGAUUCAGGACUUGGGGGAAGAAGCCAAGAGAGGAGCAAUUCCAGAGGCUCCCUGGAAGUGCGAUUGACUGUUGAAGAGGAUAAAGUUAGGUGGCCUUGAGUUCCAGACACCUAAUUUUAAGUACGGGAGUGCUCGGUGCCCCCUCCCUAGGCCACCCCCAAGAUGCCCCUGUCCCGCUGGCUGAGAUCUGUGGGGGUCUUCUUGCUGCCAGCCCCCAGCUGGGCACCCCGGGAGAGGUGGCUAGGUCCCCUACGGUGGCCCUCUCUGGUGCACGGGUGCCCAGUCCUGGGGGCCUGGCACAGUGCCCGCUGCUGGUGCCAAGCGUGGACAGAGGAGCCUCGAGCACCUUACUCCCCCCUCAGAAUGAAUGGAGACCAGAAAUUGGACGUUUAUGUCCAAGAAAAGCCAAAUUUCAUCCAGCACUUCUCCCAGAUUGUCAAGGUGCUGACUGAGGACGGCAUGGGGCACCCAGAGAUAGGAGAUGCUGUUGCCCGGCUCAAAGAGGUCCUGGAGUACAAUGCCACUGGAGGCAAGUAUCAUCGCGGGUUGACAGUGUUGAUAGCAUUCCAGGAGCUGGCGGAGCCAAAGAAGCAGGACGCCGAUAGUCUCCAGCGGGCCCUGACCGUGGGCUGGUGUGUGGAACUGCUCCAAGCUUUCUUCCUGAUGGCAGACGACAUCAUGGAUUCAUCGCUCACCCGACGGGGGCAGAUCUGCUGGUACCAGAAGCCUGGCAUCGGUUUGGAUGCCAUCAAUGAUGCUUUGCUUCUGGAAGCAUGUAUCUUCCGCCUGCUGAAGCUCUACUGUGGGGAGCAGCCUUAUUACCUGAACUUGAUGGAGCUUUUCCUGCAGAAUACCUAUCAUACUGAGAUUGGACAGACCCUGGACCUCAUCACAGCCCCUGUGGGCAACGUGGAUCUCGGCAGAUUCACUGAGAAGAGGUACAAAUCUAUUGUCAAGUACAAGACAGCUUUCUACUCCUUCUACCUUCCUGUAGCUGCUGCCAUGUAUAUGGCGGGCAUUGAUGGGGAGAAGGAACAUGCCAAUGCCAAGAAGAUCCUGCUGGAGAUGGGAGAGUUCUUUCAGAUUCAGGAUGACUACCUUGAUCUCUUUGGGGACCCCAAGAUUACAGGCAAGAUCGGCACUGACAUCCAGGACAACAAAUGCAGCUGGCUGGUGGUUCAGUGUCUGCAACGGGCCUCCCCGGAACAGUGCCAGAUCUUGCAGGAGAAUUAUGGGCAGAAGGAGGCCGAGAAGGUGGCCCGGGUGAAGGCGCUGUACGAGGAGCUGAAUCUGCAGGCUGUGUUCAAGCAGUACGAGGAGGACAGUUACACCCACCUUAUGGGUCUCAUCGAGCAGCACGCUAGGCCCCUGCCCCCAUCCAUCUUCCUGGGGCUCGCACAGAAGAUCUACAGGCGGAAAAAGUGACCUAGAGACAGCGAGGGUGGCGAGGGGAGGCUCUUAAUAAAUUAUCUAACC